AUGAUGUUGUAUGGCUUCCCCAGCAAAAUAGCUUGCAAGGCAUUUUCGCUGAUCCUGAAAGGGUCAGCACGUGUAUGGUUUGGGUCACUAGCACCUAAAUCUGUGGAUAGCUUCGGCGAGCCAGUCAGGCUGUUCCUAACUCAGUUCAUGUCUAGUCGGAGGAGGUGGUGUUCGGCUGCAUACCUCCUCACUAUCAAACAAACAGAGAACAAAAGCCUGAAGUCCUACUUAACUCGGUUCAACAAAGAGUGCAUGACCACCAACGACCAAGAUGAGAAUAUAACCUUGGCGGCACUCCUGGGAGAUGUCUGGCCGCUCUCCUAG